AUGCAAAAGAUUCCAUAUGCUUCUGAAGUUGGAAGUCUUAUGUAUGCACAAUUUUGUACGCGUCCGGAUAUUGCGUUCAUAGUUGAUGUGUUAGGCAGAUAUCUCAAUAAUCCCGGAAUGGAUCACUGGAAAGCAGCUAAAAGGGUGAUGAGAUACCUAAAGAAAACAAAGGAUUAUAUGCUCACAUAUAAGAGGUCAGACCAUUUGGAGAUUGUUGGGUAUUCUGACUCCGAUUUUGCGGGUUGCCCAGACAGUAGGAGAUCUACACCUGGCUGCGUUUAUACAUUGAAUGGAGGAGCCAUUUCUUGGCGUAGUGCCAAACAGACACUUGUUACCAGCUCUACUAUGGAGGCUGAAUUUGUGGCAUGUUUUGAAGCAUCACAUCAUGGAAUUUGGAGCUCGUCGAAGUCAAAGCAUAUUGACACUAAGUUCCUACGUGUGAAAAAAAUGUUACAAAGUGGUCAGAUUUGCAUCGAGCAUUUAGGAACAAAAUCUAUGUUAGCAGACCCCCUAACUAAAGGUGUAACACCUAUGGUAUUUUACAGGCAUACUGCACGUAUGGAUGUGUUACAAUUUAAGGAAGCUUCAUUAUAG